AUGGCCGACAUCGGCAACCUACUCAAUCCGCAGCCCAUAGACAAAGGCGGCGGCAGCUCGAAUUCAUCAGCAGGACAUUCUCCCGGCGCACAACCAGCGCAAGCAAUGACUUUCUUGGGCGCGCCACCUGUUCCCGUGCGGUUCUACGCGCAGUAUUUGUCCCACCGCAAUAUGCAUGAGCCUCACACUGGAUGCCCGAACUCGCUCAGUUGUCUUGUUGAUACGGAUGCGCAUCCAGAUGCUUCGUAUGAGACGCUCGUGCGCUGCGCGAUCCUAGGUAGUUCCGAGGCGAAUCAGCAGUUACCCGUUCAUGAGAUACUUGCCGCGCUUAAGGGCAAGUAUCCCUACUUCAGAAGCGAGGAAGCGGGUCGCGCGCUCGAGCAAGCUAUCAUGAUGACUUUUGCGAUAAGUCCAGCGUUCGUCAAGAACACCAGCAACUUGGGCGAAGUCCUUUGGGCUGUACACGCGGGUUCGAUGCCCAUGGUAAAUCAGAUACACGCUCAAAACCUGAGCCCACUCGUACCGCCUUCGCCGUACGGCUUCCAAGGACCGCCUACCGGACCGUCGGGCGAUCCAUUCGCGCAGCCGCCGGUAGACACGAGCCCGCCAGACCAGCAGAUGCGCGAGCUGUAUGCAGGCCCGUUCGCAUACCGUGAGCAUGAUCCCCACCCGGACUGUCCGAAUGCACUCUCUUGCCUGGCAGACACCGCUGACCGGCCGGGUUACACAUACCCGAUCCUCGUCAAAUGCGCAAUUCUCGGUAGCGCUCAUCGCCGCCUCGAGAUUCGCGAGAUUUACCAAGUUUUGUCUGAGAAGUACCCCUUCUUCAAGGCCGACGACAAAACGUGGAAGCAGAGCAUUCGCCACUGCCUCUCGCUACACGCGUCGUUUGUGCCGACGAAACGGCCCAUCGGUGCGCCCGGCUGGGGCUCCUGGUGGACAUACGACGAGGAUGCCACCGGCACCAAGCGUCCGCGUAAGCGCGGACCGAAAGGGGCCGGCAAACGGCAAGAUCAGGAUGCUGUGGCCGACGAUGACGAACCAGCCUCUGCGCACGCUGCCGGUGUGGCGAACGGUACGGGCGCCGGUGCUGGUAUGUCUUCGGGCGAACAGGGCAAUUCGAUAAAUGGAACCGACGAACACGAUGAAGACGAGGAUGCAGAGGGCGAAGAGACGUGA